UCUCUUGCUUCGUCUUAAGUUUAGUCUCCUCACCGUCUCAUCGUGGUCUCCAAUCAUCGUCGUGGCCUAUUGCUUCUUUGAGAAUCUAAUUAUCAUCAAUCAUGUCUAAGUUUAUGGGAUUAUCUUCGCUCGCUAUCUCUUGUUUGCUCUUCGUUUCAACGAUUGUCGCAGCCACCGAUGUUCAGUACUGCAAUAAUAAUGAAGAGUAUGAAGUGAAUGUGAAAGGCGUUGAUAUAUCGCCUUAUCCUAUAGCUAGAGGCGAGCCAGCCACUUUCAGCAUUUCUGCUAACACAGACACUGAGAUCUCGGGGGGCAAGUUGGUGAUCGAAGUUUCAUACUUUGGAUGGCAUAUUCAUUCUGAGACACAUGAUCUUUGUGAUGAGACAAGUUGUCCUGUGGCAAUUGGAGAUUUCUUGGUCGCUCACUCGCAAGUUCUGCCUAUAUAUACUCCCCCUGGUACAUACUCACUUAAAAUGAAGAUGAUUGAUGGACGCAAGAAGGAACUAACUUGUAUCAAAUUUUCAUUUGACAUUGGAUUUGGAUCUUCAUCUUUGGCCGACAUCUAGAGCUGAUAGCUCUAUGGAAUAUAUAUACCGUGGAACCACUCCAUUUGUUUUGUAUAAAAGAACACUCUUUUUCUAUACCACAAUUGUUGAUGAAAAACCCCCCUUUGAAAUUCUCAUUCUGGACUAUUCAUGAAAUCCCAUUUAUAGAAAAAACAAAGUAUUGAAUUAUUGUUUAGGUUUGGA